AUGGCACUGGAUCGCAUCGUCAGCAUGGUCCUCCGCGCGGCGGAGCUCGCCUUUGCGGCCAUUGUGGCCGGCGUCACUGGCGAGUACCUGCACAAGUCCAACGCCUCGAGCUGGGACCUGGGCCGCUUCAUCUACACCGAGGUGGUGGCGGCCCUGUCCAUCUUCUUCGCGCUGAUAUGGCUGGUGCCCUUCUCGAGCACCUUUAUCCACUGGCCCGUCGACCUGUUUAUGAGCGUGCUGUGGUGGGCGUCUUUUGGCCUGCUCGUCGAUCUCGUCGGGUCGUCCUGCGGCGCCGUCUUCAACUGGGACAACGUCUCCCCGCGCGGCGACCAGUGCGGCAAGUUCAAGGCCGACAUCGCCUUCGCCUUCCUGUCGGCGGUGCUGUGGCUCGUGUCGGCGCUCAUCGGACUCUUCUGGGUGCGCCGCCGCGAGCGCGUGGCUGCCCGCGCCGACGCCUACCACCGCCACCACCGCUGGUACCGCCGCAGCCGUGUCUAA